UUGGGGAGUUUUUAGAGAGAAGUUUUUUUUUUUUUUUUUUUAACUCUUAAUAUUUUUUUUAACUAACGGAUUAUUGUUGUUGUUUUAAAUUUAGCUCCCGGGGCUUAGCUGUUUGGGUUCGCGCCCCGUCGCUGGCUCCCGUGCACGGGGCCGGGCCAGGCCGAGCGGCGCGAACCCGGCCUGGUCUCCACCGCGCCGAGAAGCGAAAGCGGACCGAGCCGCGGCCGCCGCCUGUCCGCCCCGCGCCGCGCGGCCCAGCAUGUUCGCGGCCGGGGUGGCGCCCUUCUACGCCUCCAGCUUCGGCCUCUGGUCGGCCGCCUACUGCGCCCCGGCCGGCCCGGGCGGCUGCGCCUUCCCCGCCGACCCGGCCGCCAAGAAGCCGUCGUUCUGCAUCGCCGACAUCCUGCACGCGGGCGCGGCGGAGCCGGGCGCGGGCCCCGAGGCGCUGGCCGGGGUCUCGGCAGCCGCGCUGGCCGCGCACCUGGGCUCCGCGCACCCGCACGCGCCCUUCCCGGCGGCCGCCAGGUCCCCGCUGAGGCCCACGCCGGUGGUGGCGCCCCCGGAGGGGCCCGCCGGCUUCCCGCAGCGCCUGUCCCCGCUCCCCGUUGCCUUCCACGCGCGGCCCGCGCCGCCGCCGCCCGCGCCCCGGCCCGGCGCCCUGCAGCCCCCGGGCCCGGGGCCCCGCGCGGGCGGGCACCUCGGCGCCUCCACCCCGGCGCCCUCCAGCAAGGACCUCAAGUUUGGCAUCGACCGCAUUUUGUCGGCGGAGUUCGACCCCAAAGUGAAGGAAGGCAACACGCUGAGAGACCUGACCUCGCUGCUGGCCGGCGGGCGCCCUACCGGAGUGCACCUCUCGGCUCUGCAGCCCUCCGCCGGCCAGUUCUUCGCGUCCCUGGAGCCCAUGAACGAGGCCUCCGCUCUGCUCAGCCCCUUAAGCUCCAACCCCAGAAAUUCAGUUCAGCAUCAAUUCCAGGACACGUUUCCAGGUCCCUAUGCGGUGCUCACCAAGGACACCAUGCCUCAGACGUACAAGAGGAAACGCUCGUGGUCCCGCGCGGUCUUUUCCAACCUGCAGCGGAAAGGCCUGGAGAAAAGGUUUGAGAUCCAGAAGUACGUGACCAAGCCGGACCGAAAGCAGCUGGCAGCGAUGCUGGGCCUCACGGACGCACAGGUGAAGGUGUGGUUCCAGAACCGGCGGAUGAAGUGGCGGCACUCCAAGGAGGCCCAGGCACAGAAGGGCAAGGACAAGGAGGCUGGGGAGAAGCCUUCGGGAGGAGCCCCGGGCGAAGGCGACCAGGACGAGAGGAGCCCCAGCCGCUCGGAGGGGGAGCCGGAGAGCGAGAGCAGCGACGCCGAGUCCCUGGACAUGGCGCCCAGCGACACGGAGCGGACUGAGGGGGCCGAACGGCCUCUGCACCCGACCACGGUCAUCAAGGCCUCGACCGCUGCUGCCCUGGUCACGGCGGGCGGUGGCGGCACUUUUGGCUUCAGCAGCCCAAGCGGCCUCGGGGGCACCAGCGCCAGCACCAGUGUGGGCAGCGGCACCUCGGAGCUGCUCCCUGAGCCCCAGGCCACCGGUGGCAGCUGCGCUCCCCAAAGCCCUGUGCCCAGCCAGGCCCCGCCGGGCGGCUUAUAGACAGAGGACAGGGACCCGGCCGAGGCAGCUUCCGGGCAGGCUGGACUCUGCCUGCUCCAAGUUGUCUGGGGACUCGCUGGAGGUGGCGCCGGCCCCUUCCCCUCUGUCAGGCCCGUGCCUGGCCCUGCUCUUGGCCAGAGCAGCUCCCCCUGGGAAAUGCCGGACUGAACUGCCCCUCCUUGUGCCCACUGGGGUCAAGGCAUAGAGAAGUGCUGCACUUAGCAGGCCUGAAACCUGUAAAUAAAAUGUUUACUACGGUUUGUAAAA